ACAUAAUUCUCUCAUCCUCAUCCAAGGCUAGGCUAGGUGAUCAACGAUGAAUAUGGCCGGUAUAGAAGAUUCUGUCCGUCCUCCUUCUGUACUAAUAAAUUCCUCUGCCUCCUCCUCCACCACUAAUAAUAAUAAUUGCCAGACGUUGGAUCAUCAUCAUCAUCAAAAUGAUUUCUUCACUUCUACAAAUCUCACCGUCAAAAUUCCAAACAACCAUGGAAGAGGACUAAAACAAGAAGAAGAAGAAGAAGGGUAUACGACAUCCACAUCCUCUGACCGGAGAAUUCCACCGGUUCCUAUCCGUUGCCCGCCGGCGCCAAGAAAACCCAAGCCACGCCCAACGCCGGCCAAGAGAACAAGAACAGGUCGCCGGAUAAUUGUUUUGGAUCUCUCAACAGAUAUUGAUUUCUUAUUCCCGCCCACUCACCAUCUAAUCAAAUGUUCUAGUAGUACUCAUGAUGAUGAUGAUGAUGAUGGUAAGAUCAUCAAGAAAUUUAGAACAGAUAAUAAUUAGUUAACUAACCCAAUUAGUUAUAUAUAUUUAUUACGAUUAAUUUGAUGCUAUAGCUUUUCUUCAUUUCUUCCA